AUGUGUGAGGGUAAUUUACGAGAACAAGAGCGUUUAUUAGGCAUAAUUGAGGAAGUUUCGGAAGAUAAAAAAGCGAAUGGUCCGCUUCAUUAUUUUUCCCGACAUCCAGUUCUAACACCAAGAAAGACUACAACCAAGCUAACAAUCGUUUUUGAUGUUUCAGCCAGAGCAAAGAAUGGACAAAAGCUAAAGUUAAAAAUAACCGAAAGACCUAACGAGGUUCUUUUGGUUGAAACAACAAGUGUCGCGGUCGUAUUCGAAAUUUUGCGAUAUGGUGGAUCCCUCCCUCCGUUUUCGGCUAAUGGUUUUGGGAAAUUUCCGCCUCAGACAUGGCCUGGACUGAAGAUGAGUUGA